UCUCCAAAGGUGUUCAACUUCACUACUGCCUCCUGUCACCGCCCGGCUCCGACACGCAGCAGCCUCUGCUCCAGUGUGUAUCGCCUUAACACACUCUCACACACCUCACGUCUAUCUAAAGGGACCAAUAACACAGCCUCCACCCAACAUCGUGGUCCCGUCGCAGGCAGGUGGUGAGCAGUGUGUGUGUGUGAGUCCUGUAGGUGGGUGUCGCAGCUCUUUUGCUGCAGACUCCGAUAACCCCUCAGAGGAGAGACCGCUUCUAACAGACCUGCCCUGAGUUGGAGCACUCGCUCUGAAGAGAUGUUUACUUGCCAAUGGAUGAAACAGUCCUUCUAACACUAGCUCCUCUUCGCUGUGCUGUGUGAGAGACUGUCAAGAACUGAAGACAAAUCUCAUCACACACAAAAACUUGCAGAACACCAGCAAUGAGCUCCUCGCUUCCGAAGAGCGAGUCCACCACUUCCCUCCUGCGAUCUAGCGCACCGAGCCGGAGGUCGGCGCAUCACUCGGAGCAUGUAGUGAGCAGCCGGCACUCUCAGUACCGACACACCAGCGCGGGAGGCAGCGGUGGAGGAGAAUUCACCGAGGAUUCGUGCUGGAACGAUGAUUGCGAUGCAAGUGCGCGGAGACCCCUCUGCCAGCCACGACACUCGGGGGGCUCGCGAAGUACAGGUGCUAGACGCGGCAACAAAGCUCAGUCGCACGGGAAACACAUCGACUUCGAGGAGGAUUACGUUUACGAGGGGGAGAGGUACCACGACAGGAGUGAGCUGCAUCGAAAAGACCGUAGCAAGUCCCACCGUCACUCUCACCAUCAUCACCAGCACCACCACAAUCAUCACUCGUCACCCGACCACCAGCAAGGACAUUCCCGUUCGCAUCGAAAGCCCUCUCCAACUCCUUCGCUCACAAAGACCACGGACGAGGCUGAGUUAUUCUUCGAGUCCAAGGAGCGGACGCAAGCCGGGUCUUCCCUCAGCCUCGCUGCCGACCCGCCGCCGCCCGUCACACCUGCUCCCCUGCCACCGGUAGUAUCUAGCAAGCGCUCCGGUAGAAAGGCAUCCGCUGCUUUCUCAGAGUACGACGCCACUCUUCAUCCCAUAGUCAAGUCUGUCUUCGGACAGGACCGGGAGCUAAGACCGGAGGAGAUGGAUGAGCUGCGCGAGGCGUUUAAGGAGUUUGACAAAGACAAGGACGGCUUCAUCGGCUGCAAGGACCUGGGCAACUGUAUGAGGACAAUGGGGUAUAUGCCCACCGAGAUGGAGCUGAUCGAACUGAGCCAGCAGAUCAACAUGAACCUGGGCGGCCAUGUGGACUUUGAGGACUUUGUGGAGCUGAUGGGACCAAAGCUGCUGGCCGAGACGGCAGACAUGAUCGGCAUCAAAGAACUGAGGGACGCCUUCAAAGAGUUUGACACAAACGGUGACGGCCAGAUAAGCACAGCAGAGCUGAGGGAGGCAAUGAAGAAACUACUUGGCCAACAGGUUGGCCACAGGGACCUAGAAGACAUCCUGCGUGACAUUGACCUCAAUGGAGAUGGACAUGUUGACUUCGAAGAGUUUGUGCGAAUGAUGUCUCGUUAAGGGAUAGACCAAGAAAAUGCACUGCUAUCCCCACCCCCCUCAGCCUACUCCACAAAACCUGGACAUCUAUCCUAAGAUGCAUUAGAGGAAAUAGGAGGCGUAUUAAGAGCGAGAAGCUGUGAGCCGUCUGAACCAAACGACUGUUGAUCCCGCCAGUCUAAACUGAGGAGGUGGGAGUCAUCAUCUCCUAAUAUGACAGUAUCCUUUCCCUCCCUACCCAACCACCACCUGCUCACAGAGGCUCUGCGAGCAGCGCAGUGACAGGAAACACAUCGGCUGUCUCACAACCUCAGAGUACGCCGCUCAACUCCCACCACACAGGGGCUGUCUCACAACCUCAGAGUACGCCGCUCAACUCCCACCACACAGGGGCUGUCUCACAACCUCAGAGUACGUCGCUCAACUCCCAGCACACAAGGGACACUCGUGUCACGAAUCCCCACGCCGCCGCCCAAACUCCACCUGAAUCCCCACGCCGCUGUCCAAACUCCACCUGAAUCCCCACGCCGCUGUCCAAACUCCGCCUGA